GAUCACAGAAAGAGCUAGGUUAGAGCAGCUACUCAACAAGGCAAACAGCAGCUCGGAGCGAAAACCACUUUUACCAGUCCGCAUCCAACAUCCACCGGGAUUCAACGGACGUUAAAGCCUGUCUUUCUUUCCAUAUAAAUGUCCCUAUGGAUUACUAAUACACUAUCGUCGAAGAGCAGACGCGUUCCUCAGCUUGACAGCAAAGCCUCGGAUUCCUCACACUGGUCACCUAGAGGACUCAUAGAGAGAUGAAGACUCUAGAGGAGCCCCCCUACCUGACGGUAGGGACAGACGUGAGCGCAAAGUACAGAGGGGCUUUCUGUGAAGCCAAGAUUAAGACCGCCAAGAGGCUUGUCAAGGCCAAGGUGACCUUUAAGCCUGAUCUGUCUACAGCCGAGGUCCACGAUGAAAACAUCAAAGGACCUUUGAAGGUGGGUGCUGUUGUUGAAGUGAAGAAUCAGGACGGCGUUUACCAAGAGGCCACCAUUAAUAAGCUGACUGAUGCCAGUAUUUAUACAGUUGUUUUUGACGACGGGGACGAGAAGACUCUGCGGCGUUCUUCUCUCUGCCUGAAAGGAGCGCGUCACUUUGCAGAAAGCGAGACACUCGACAGACUCCCUCUGACCAACCCUGAGCACUUUGGCACACCGGUCAUUGGCAAGAAGGGGAACCGUGGCCGGCGAUCAAAUCCUAUUCAAGAGGAGGAGUUGUCCUCCUCCUCUAGUGAGGAAGAGGAGAGCGACCAGCGGCAGAAUGAAGAUCUGUUUGGCAAAGUGGUCUGCGUGGAGGGGGUUGCCGCCGGCGACAAAAAGAAGAGCACGUGGUAUCCUGCUCUGGUCAUUUCCCCGGACUGCCAUGAAGACAUGACCGUGAAGAAGGACAACAUCUUCGUCCGAUCUUUUAAGGAUGGAAAAUUCUACAUGGUGCUCCGGAAGGACGUCAAUGAGAUAAACAGCGAGAUUCCUCCAAAAGCCGACGCGGGACUCAAAGCAGCAUUGGAUGCGGCGUUGGAGUUCCAGCGGAAACAAGCCGUGCCCGGCUCCUGGAAGACAGAAGUGAAAGAGGAGAGCUCCAGCAGCGAGGAGGACGACGAGGAUGAGGAAGACGAGCAGGAGGAAGACGCCAGCGGGGAGGAGGAGGAGGUUAGCGGCGGCACAGCGAGCCAUCGCCGCAUCCUCCGAGUGGAAAUGAUCCUCAUCUGCUCUCUUGUUUCCUGUCUGCAGGAGGAGGUGGAGCCGUUCCCAGAAGAGAGGGAAAACUUUCUGCAGCAGCUCUACAAGUUUAUGGAGGACAGAGGAACCCCCAUCAACAAGCGGCCUGUUCUCGGCUACAGGAACCUGAACCUCUUCAAGCUCUACAGGCUGGUUCACAAACUGGGAGGCUUUGACAACAUUGAAAGCGGCUCUGUCUGGAAGCAGGUCUACCAGGAUCUGGGCAUCCCUGUGCUCAACUCGGCCGCUGGCUACAACGUCAAAUGCGCUUACCGCAAGUAUCUAUAUGGAUUUGAGGAGUACUGCACCUCCACUGCCAUCACAUUCAAGAUGGACCUUCCUUUGAAGCAGGGUCCCAAGAGAGAGGUGAAGUCUGAGGAGGAAGCAGGAAGAGCGGCUCCCACUGCCUCCAUCUCAGAGGAGGAGAAAACCCAGAUGGACGUAGAACUUUGCACUCCACCAUCUGUUCUCUGCAAGGAAGAAAAAACAGACUUCACCCAAAACAAAUCGGAGUCGGAACCAUCCAAAACGGAGGGAAAGGAUGCCGAUGAUGAUGAUGACGAAGAAGAAGAAGGAGGCGCUUCGAAGGCGGACGCAGACGAGGGGUCGUCCACAUCCCGCCUCGGAGGUGAUAACAUGAAAACAGAGCAGGAUGACGAGCAGGAGAGCAAAGAUAACUCCGGGGAUGACAGCAGUCAGGAGGGGGAGGAAGGGGAGGAGUUUGAGUGUUACCCCCCGGGGAUGAAGGUGCAGGUGAGGUAUGGGCGAGGCCGCACUCUGAAGACGUACGAGGCCACUGUGAAAGAGGCAGACGUGGAGGGGGGAGAGGUGCUCUACCUGGUGCACUACUGUGGCUGGAACGUCAGAUAUGACGAAUGGAUCAAAGCGGACAAGAUCGUGCGCCCGGCAAAUAAGAACGUCCCGAAAAUAAAGCACCGCAAAAAAAUAAAGAACAAAGCCGAGAGGGAGCGUGACCGACUGGAGCGGCUUGGUGACAGGGAGGUCCUCGGCCCGAACCGCGUCCCGCGCUCCAAAUGCGGCCUGAGUCACGACGUCUUUUCCAAAAUAAAUGAGAGCGAGGACAAAGGGACUCAGCAGCCUCCAGUCAAGUCAAUAGAAAUCACAUCGAUCCUCAACGGAUUGCAAGCUUCCGAGAUGUCCACAGAUGAGAGCGACUGCGAGGAUGAGGAACAGGAGCACGACGAAAAAGAUCAACCCAGCAGCAGCACCAGGCGAGGUCCGACAGAGCCGCCACAAGCGUCCGAGCGCUGGGAGAGCGGCAUCCCCUCCGAAGGGUCCAAAGCGUCCUCCAUCUCCGGAAAGAGCCUGGACGCUGCUGGUGCGGAAAGCCCGGACGUUGGGAAGCGCAGAGGCCAGCCGGAGACGGAGAGAGAGGCGAGCACCAGGAAGAGGAAAUCUGAUGGUGCCGCCGAGAGGAACACAAAGGGUCUAUCCAAAGUAAAGACCAGGAACUCCAGGAGUGCCGACUGGUUGCCUAGCGGCUCUCCUCGAAAAGUGGAGGACAGGGGGGCUCUGUCCAGCAGCAGCUCAGAGGACGAGAGCACAGCGCUGGCCGACAUCCCGGCUGAGGAGAACGAGCGAAGCCGCGCCAAAACCAAAGGUUCCCCUUCCAAGAAGUACAACGGCAUGAAGGAGAAGAGCAAAGCCGGGAGGCAAGCCGGCUUCUGGGAGAUUCCUGAGAAGAGGGCUAAGGCAUCUGGGAAUGCUGAGGAAAAGGCCCCGGCCGUUCGGCCCAAAGGACAAAAGGACGUGUGGUCCAGCAUUCAGGCUCAGUGGCCUAAGAAGACGCUGAAGGAGUUAUUCUCUGACUCGGACACAGAGGCAGCCAACUCUCCUCCGCCCCCCGUCCCGUCCUGUUUGGAUGAAUCCGGGGCGGACCAGGAAGCGGGACCCGAGGACGAAGGCUCCGAGGAGCAGCUGGAGAACGACAAGCUGCAUGAGUUUCCCAGCAGCGGGAGCAACUCCGUGCUCAACACCCCUCCUACAACACCUGAGUCGCCCUCCGGAGGAGGAAGCGCGGUGGAGGAGACCAGUCAAGCUCCGCCUCCUUCUCCACCGCCAUCUCUGCCUCCCGCCUUACCCUCAGAGCCGGUUUCCCACGAUCUGCCCCCAGAUCCGACUCAGGAGGAAGCAGCGGGGGGGCGCAGCGAGACAGACAGCAGCACGGUGGAGGUGGAGAGUCUGGGCGGAGAGCUGCAGGAGCUCCCGCAGGACGACGGCGCAGGUUCCCCCUCCAAGGUUUACGACAUCAGUCUGUCCUGCAACAGCAGCAGCAGCCUAGAGCUGAGCAGCAGCAGCCAGCAGGACAGUGAGCAGAAGUCCAAAGCAUCUGUGAGUCAGAAGAGGCAGAAGGAAUCACAGACAGGUGGAGUCUCGAAGAAACACAAGCCUAACCGCAAAAGCCUCGGUGUGCCUCCCAAAAGGAACAGGAAAGCAGCUAACAGCAGUGACAGCGAGGACCAGUCUGUUGUCGAAGGCUCGGCCAAAUUGGCCACCUGUAAGAACACUUCAUCGGACCUGAAGGCCUCCGCGUCGCCCAAGUAUCACGGCCGAUCCCCACCCUCCAGCCAUAAGUACCACAAGCAGGGAGACCCCGAUCACUCCCAGCACAGAGACAGCCAUGGAAGAUCGCCGCGCAUCUACAAAUGGAGUUUCCAGAUGUCUGAUUUGGAAAAGAUGAGCAGUCUGGAGAGGAUUUCGUUUCUUCAGGAGAAACUGCAAGACAUCCGGAACCACUACCUCUCCCUGAAGUCGGAGGUGGCCUCGAUCGACAGGAGACGGAAACGCAUGAAGAAGAAGGAAAGAGAAAGUGCAGUGGCCGCUUCCUCCUCCUCCUCCUCUUCUUCACCAUCCUCCAGCUCGCUAACAGCAGCAGUCAUGCUGACGCUCGCCGACCCUCCGGUACCAUCUUCGUCGUCCUCGUCUCAGAACUCCGGGGUAUCAGUGGAGUGCAGGUGACAGGACGAAGUCGCGAGGAGCCACCGCACAAAGCACUUAACCAGCACCCCGAGGUCGCCGCCCCCUUUCCUUUUCAGCAGGAUGACGAGACGGACCUGACCGGUUCUCCGCAGCUGCUGGGGCACAAAGAACCAGACGAGAAACAAGCACUAUUUUCUACUGACAACUGUUUCCUCGGCAAGCUAUCCGCACUUAAGUGCACUUUUAUGAAGAUUGUGUUAAAGGAGAGGGAGGUUAGGGGGGUGAAAUUUGUCAAAAAGAUUAUCUAGAUUUCACUUUAGCGCUUUGUUUCUUUUUAGGGCUGGGCGAUAUGGCUUAAAAAUCAAAUAUCCAAUUUUUUUCAUACCAAAUCCAGUUUCCAAUUUUAAUCGACUUGUUUUUGCUCUUUCUUUUCUGAAAGAAGAAAUUACAGAAAAUAUUUUCAAAAAACUGGCUUUUAUUUCCUUCUAAAUGAUGCAGUAGGGCCAACCUAUUAUAAGUUUUGUUUAAUUAUGAGAAUAUAGUCAUAAUUUUUGAAGAGCAAAGAUGCAAUUUUACCAAAAGAAAUCUUAAAAUGACUAGAAAAAAGUUUUUAAUGAGAAAAAACGUUAAAUUAUCAGGAUAUGAUGUGACCACCUCAUAUUGUGUAGUUCUUUCUUCAAAAUGUGCAUAUGUUUUCACAUUUUAAAGUCAUGCUGUUUAGAAUAAUUUCUUAUUUCUUAAACCUAUACCACUAACUUUGCAAAAUGCUUAGUGUUCCUCAUUUUAUCUGUAAAAUGACGGUACACAUGUCUGGUAACGUGUCCUUUUAUCUUCUAAAGAUAAAAGAUUCCUCAUUUUAUGUUUAAAAUGAGGAAUGUUAAUAAAAUGUAUACUUUAUUAUUCUAUUAUGACUUUAUUCUCAUAAUUUAAAAAAAAUCUUGGCCUGAAUCUGAUAUUUUGCCGUAAGGUUGAAAUAAAUUCAAAGUCCAAUUAAACAGAAGCAGUAAAACAUGCUUGUCAAACAAAAUGGCCGCCCUGGGGAGUGCUGACAUCACUCUGAACUAUUGAAACUGAAGGAGCGCAUUGGUAAAGAAAAAAUUACAAUUUUCCAAAAAUUCAAUUAAUCAAUUUAUCGUCCAGCCCCAGUUCUUUUAUGAAGUUAUUUUUUUACAAGCAAUAAUGGUUUCCACUCGUUCGAAGUUGGUAUCGGAUCAUUUCCGCUCCGUUCUGAGGAUCGCCGUCUCUCCGGCAUUAAGGGCAAACAAAACAUCAUUCUGCCACAUUUCUCUGUCCACGCUCUUCAUCUGAAGCGCUCCGUUCUGAUGUACAGGAGGAAGAAGGGGGUUUCCGCCCAGCUCAUCUAACUCCACUGGAUACAGAUGGAAAAAUGCAGUAGUGCCUUUUGCUCUUUUUGAGAAUGACGGUCCGUUUUCUAAAAACAAAAAAAAAACCAACAACACACUGACGAUCGGCUUGUGAGUGAGCGGCCAGCGAAGGGCUACAUCUGAUGGAAAAUGACGGAUGCUUUCAAUGUGUUUGAGAAUCUACUACUGAAUACUCAUCCAUCUUGGGUAUUGCUGUGGAGUGAUGAAAUCGGUGAAUGAUCACUUCAUCUAUUUUUUUUUAAAGCCUGUCUACUUUAAUUCGUCACGUUUUCUCUCAGUCCAUUAACUCUCCUGCCCUUCCAUCUUCGCUGAAGAUGAGAUUCUGUAACUGCAUCAAACUUACUACAGCUGCAUCCCAAUACAUUAGAAUAUCAUCAAAAGCUUGAUUGAUUUCACUGUACAGAUUUAUUUUGCUCAGUAAUAUGUUUUUAUACUUUAAGUGAUUCUGGCUUGCAGCUAAUAAAACACUAAAAUUAUAUACGGCCAAUAAAAAUGGAUUUUUAGUGCAGAAAUGUUAGGUUGUGACCAACAAAAGUUAAUUGCUAAAGGAGGGUUUUUUAUGCAAACAUAUCAUUGGAAAGUUUUGUGGAAGGAAAAUGUUGAAAAAAAGGGGAUAGCUGAAGUCUUAUGAUUAAAGAUUUUUCUUUUUGAGGCUCUUUUUGCCUGAAUUACUGUGUUCAACCUGCUGCAUUGCCGAGGUGUAAUGGUGACUUUCGUCCUGUUUUUAAUUGUCUCCCUCUUGACAACAUUGAUUCUUUGAGGUUUAAGUCAGGUAAAUCUGCUGCCUAGAUGAUAAUUAAAAUACCAGGUGUUGGUACUUUUGACAAUGUAGUCGAGUUAGUAGUCAUAUGACAGAGCACUCCAAAUCAUCUUGAGUAGCUUUAAAGUGUGCCUUUUCUCUCAGUUUUUCUUUCCACUCCACUUUCCAUUAAUAUGCUUGAGCAUAACAGCAGUCCACAGUUUAUGAAUCUCCUUCAAACACUUCACUGGGCUUUCCUUCAUAAAUUCUCAGUAGGCUUCUUUCCCUGAUGCUUGUGCAUCUCUUUCUAUCACAGUUUUUCCUUCUACUCAACUUUGCAUUGAUUUAUUUAAAUGCAGAACUCUGUGAAGAUCCAGCUUCAUACAAUAACAUUUCUGUAUUAAAAAUCCUUUUUUGGGGGGGUCUAAUGGGAAUGUUCAAAUCUUUUGAGAAAUUGAAUAUUUUUAUUAUCCGUAAUCAUUAUGUUGAGCAAAGAUAAAUGUUUGAAAUGUUUCACUCUGUAAGAAAACUAAAGGAGUUUUAACCUGCCUUACUGUCAUAAGCAAACUUUUCAAUGAUAUUCUGAUCGAUUGAGAUGCACCUUGUAUUUAAGUACUGCCUAAAACAUUAAAAACAAGAGUCCAACAUUUGCAGUAUUUCAAACAUGAAGUUUUACAUCUGUUGUUUAUUUUUUUUUUUGCCACAGUAAGAUUUUUCUGGUUUUACUCCUGAACAGUAACAGUAUGCAGGCCUGUUCUCGUCAUGGUCCCUACCGAAACCGUUCCCUGUACUCCGAGCAGAAUAAAGGUAGAGGUAUUGUAAAUGUGCAUUUAUAUCACAAAGUGACGUUUGUGUGAACAUUUCUAACGACAUCCCUCUGGUGUUUUCCUUUGUAUAAAUCCCCCCCACUGUAUUAUAUCCCGAAGUUACAUUUUUGUCCAGCACUUGUAUGUAAUUGUAUGCUUUUGUUAUACAUUUGUAUAUUGAGAAGUGUUUUGAGUCGAGCUAUUUAAUAUCUUGCACUGUUAAUAACAUGUACUUUUCUGUACAGACAGUUUUACGGUUUUAACUGUAGUCAGAGUGUAAAUACUGAGGGUUAGAGCAUGUUUAUUCUCCAUGAAUUUACAUUUUUUUCUUUCCUUCCUUUAUGUUCCGUUCAGUCCAAAUCCUGAUUGUCCUUUUGUAUUUUUCUCUUUUUUUAUUUUAUUUGUUUUUAUUUCUCUGUAGUUUGUAUUUUCUUUAGUCUUUGUUUGACUUUGCCUGUUAGAGAAGAAUUAUGGUGUUGGAUGCGGCUGAACUGUUUUCCAACAAAACUCGGCCUGAAGCAUCGUAGAUUAAGACACAGUAAAGGAGCUUGUCUGAAUAAAAAAGCAAAAUAAAAAGCUCUGUAGUAUUUAUUAGGCUCAUCUGAUGAUGGUCAUUGUGUAAUUUAUUGUAAAAAUGUAAGCAAAGCAGAAGCCUCUGUUUGAAAUAAAUGCCAUAGUUUGUGAAGUA